GCAAGAGCAAGCCGUCGGCCUAGUCUAAGACGUGCUGAGGAGGAAGAAGACCUGGACCAGGGAAUUAAUAUCCAAAAGCAGGAGACAUCGGACUUGUUUCGCAGUUCUGCAUUAUUUCUUUCCCACCCCUUCGACUUUGCCUUUUCUCUCUCUCCCCCUCCAUCGUCAACCUUCUUUACCGGUCGUCGUGUUGCUGUGGUUGCUGCUCCCGCUGUCGUAUAUUAUUUACGUUUUCUCUUUUCUUGUACCGACAACUCUUCCGAAGUCGGGCUCGAAGAGGGAAAGAGAAGAGCAAAAGGCAACUAUUAGAUAGGGAGACCUGCGACUUAUACGAUACCCCCCUUCCUGAAUUAAACAAAUCGACAAUGGCACCGACAAGAGGCCAGAUCCAGACGCCUGGAGAGGCUGUUGCGAGAAUCGCAUACCUCUCCAGCGAUGUCGUCGUCUCCGUCCAGCCCUCGCUAGCCAAGGACUCCGAGUUCUCAUCCCACCUCAAGCGCUACGUCGCUCGCGGCGACAAGAGCCUCGUCGCAAAGGCCUCUAUUCCCGAGGUUCAAUACGUCAGACACAAUGCCGACCCCCUCCUCUCCGUCUUUGCGCCCUCGCGCGCCGGCAAGCUCGUCGCCGUCACGACAUCCUCAACCGCCCUCCUGCCCGCAAUCUCCCACCUCUACAAGCUGGCAAACUACCCCGUCGUCCUGCACGUCUCCCUCCAGCCUGCCGGCUUUCCUGACUUCUCUACCAUCACAGCCAUCCGCAACUCGGGAUGGACCUUCCUCCAGUCCGAGUCGCUGCAGGAGGCGCAGGACAUGGCUUUGACGGCACAUGCCCUCGCCCUGCGCUCCGGCAAGGGUGUCGUCCACUUCUUCGCCUCAUCUUCGAGCGACGACGACGCGCCCAUCGAUGCUGAGGACCCCGAGCUCGUGCGCCAGAUUCUCGAUGUUGACGCCGCGAGGCGCUUCCAGCAGCCGUCAAACGGCACAGGAGCGGCUGUCGGCAUCUAUGCCGAUGACGGCCGACUGCCGAUCGCCUCUGAUCGAUCCGACGUGCCGCCGACCGGCUCCUCGCCCAUCAGUGGCCUGAGCUCCUCCGACCUCGCUUCGUCCGUGCACUCCAAGCUCGACUCGUCCCGGGCCUCGGUCCAAUCUAGCGCCCAGCACAGCGUCACCGACAGCCCCCCCUCCGUCGUCUCCUCCAACGCCACCACCAUUGACGCGGCGCUGCCCGUCGUCUCCUCCGAUGACAUCCUCAAGUACGCCAACGGCAUCUGGACCCACUUCAAAAGGCUCACAGGCCGUGAGUAUCAGGCCUUCUUCUACGCCGGCCCGACCAACGCGGAGAACUGCCUCUUCGUCUUCGGCUCCGGCGCUUACUUUUUCGGAGAUGUCAUCGACCAGGCCCGCCGCGGCGGUGACUUCUCCAAGGUCGGCAUCAUCACCCCGAGGCUGUACCGCCCUUGGCUCAGUUCCGCUCUGGCCGAUGCCAUUCCCAAGUCUGUGAAGCGCAUUGCCGUCCUCGAGCAGAUCCACCGCAAGACGACGAAAUGGGGCCCUGUCCUCCUCGAUGUCCUCACCAGUGUGAAGAGCGGCUUCGGCGGCGUCCAGACUGUCGUCGGUUACCAGCUUGGCUACAUUGACCCCAAGACCGUUAUCCAGGCUCUGCGUGGCGUACUGCAAAACCUGACUUCCGAGUCCCCUGUCCAGAACCUCGAGGUCGGUCGCAAGGACGUCCCCCAGCAGACACUAGAAUACGGGCUUGAGAAACCCCAGGUUGAGAACUCUUACACCAAGAUCCUCGACCAGCUGUUCGGCCAGAGGGCCUAUGUUGCCAACGCGCUAAAGGCCAGCAACGCCGGCAUCAACUCUUCCAUCCAGGCCAGCCCCGAAUUCGGCUUCGGUUCCCUGUUGGCCCGCAAGGAGCGGCGCCAGCGCUUCGUCGGCGAGGUUAAAGAGGCUGCCAACAGCAACCAGUUUGUGACUGAUGCUCCCAAGAGCUGGCUCGCCCGCUGGGCCGCAAACGAGGCCGAUGCGAAGAAGGCGAACGAGAUCGCCGACGACCUCAUUCCUCGUCUUGAGACUGAUGGCUCCUCCAUCGCCCGCAGUCUGUUAUCUAGCAAGCGCCUGUUCCGUAAGGAGUCUCUUUGGCUUGUAGGAUCCGACGCCUGGGCUUACGACCUUGGCAACUCUGGCGUGCACCACGUUCUGGCCUCUGGCGAGAACGUCAACAUGCUCAUCAUUGACUCGACUCCCUACUCCGAGCGUGCAGCCGCCGACGCCAACCGUCGCAAGAAGGACAUUGGCCUGUACGCCAUGAAUUUUGGCAACGCCUACGUCGCCUCGACCGCCGUCUACGGCUCCUACACUCAGGUUCUGCAGGCCAUGCUCGAAGCCGAUCAGCACAAUGGCCCCUCGGUCGUCCUUGCCUACCUCCCUUACUUCGGCGAGACCGAUUCUCCCCUGACUGUAUUGCAGGAGACCAAGAAGGCCAUCGAUGUCGGCUAUUGGCCCCUAUACCGCUGGAACCCCGCCAAUGAGGCCAAAGGCGAGCCCAACUUCACCCUCGACUCUGAGCGCAUCAAGAGCGAGCUUAAGGCCUUCCUGGACCGCGACAACCAGUUGACCCAGAUCAUGCAACGUAAUCCCGUCUUCGCUGCCAAUCUAUCGCAGGACUUUGGCACUGAGGUUAGAGCCCAGCAGAAACGUAAGGCCAAGGAUGCCUACGACCAACUGCUCGAGGGCCUCUUCGGAGCCCCUCUGACGAUUCUCUAUGCCUCCGACAACGGCAAUGCCACCAGCGUUGCCAAGCGUCUCGGUAACCGCGGCAAGGCUCGCGGCCUCAAGAUCAAGGUCAUGGUCAUGGAGGACUACCCUGUUGAGGACUUGCCUUCCGAGGAGAACAUCAUCUUCGUGACGUCCACCGCGGGUCAGGGUGAGUUCCCCCAGAACGGCCACGCCCUGUGGACCGCUCUGAAGGACAACACCGAGUUUGACCUCGCCAACGUCAACUACUCCGUCUUCGGUCUCGGUGACCGUCAUUACUGGCCCCGCAAGGAGGACAAGAUAUACUACAACAAACCCGCCAAGGACCUCGACCGUGUUCUUGCCAACCUUGGUGGUAAGAGACUUGCCGAUGUCGGGCUCGGUGACGACCAAGACCCCGAUGGUUACCAGACAGGCUUCCAGGAGUGGGAGCCCAAGAUCUGGGCCGCUCUUGGUGUCGACAACGUCGACGGUCUCCCUGAGGAACCCGCUCCGAUCACCAACGAGGACAUCAAGAUUGCUUCCAACUUCCUUCGCGGUACCAUUGCUGAGGGUCUCAAGGACACCAGCACCGGUGCCAUCUCCGCCGCGGACCAGCAACUUACCAAAUUCCACGGUACCUACAUGCAGGACGACCGCGAUGUCAGAGACGAGCGCAAGGCCAUGGGUUUGGAGCCCGCCUACUCUUUCAUGAUCCGUUGCCGUCUGCCUGGCGGUAUUUCCACUCCCCAGCAGUGGGUGCAGAUGGACGACAUUGCCAAUGACCUCGGCAACGAGACCAUGAAGCUCACCACUCGACAGACCUUCCAGUUCCACGGUGUCGUCAAGGGUAAGUUGAGGCCCGCCAUGCAGGCCAUCAACCGCGCGCUCAUGACCACCAUCGCCGCCUGCGGUGACGUCAACCGUAACGUCAUGUGCAGUUCGCUGCCCACGCAAUCCAAGUAUCACAAGGAGGUCUGGGCCAGCUCCCAGAAGAUCAGUGACCACCUGCUGCCUUCAACCACUGCCUACCACGAGAUUUGGCUGGCGGACGAGAAUGACACCAAGACCAAGAUCGCCGGUGAUGCUGUCCAAGAUUUUGAGCCUCUGUACGGGCCUACCUACCUACCCAGAAAGUUCAAGAUCACCAUUGCUAUCCCUCCCCACAACGACACCGACGUCUACGCUCACGAUAUCGGCCUGAUCGCCAUCAAGGGCAAGGACGGCCGCCUGGAAGGCUUCAAUCUGCUCGCCGGUGGUGGUAUGGGUGCCACGCACAACAACAAGAAGACCUACCCCCAGGUCGGUCGCAUGCUCGGCUUCGUCACGACGGACCAGGUCCACAUCGCUUGCGAAAAGGUUAUGCUCGUCCAGCGCGACCACGGAGAUCGCAAGAACCGCAAGCACGCGCGUCUCAAGUACACCAUCGACGACAUGGGUGUCGACGUAUUCCGCUCCAAGGUCGAGGAGCUCUGGGGCCAGAAGUUUGACAAGGAGCGUCCGUUCGAGUUCAAGUCCAACGUCGACACGUUUGGCUGGCAGAAAGACGAGACGGGCCUCAACCACUUCACCUUCUUCAUAGAGAACGGCCGUAUCGAGGACACACCCGAGUUCCAGAUGAAGACGGGCCUGCGCGAGAUCGCAAAGGUGCACAAGGGCGAGUUCCGCCUCACGGGCAACCAGCACCUGAUCCUCAGCAACGUCGCCGACGAGGACCUGGAAUCUAUCAAAGCGUUGAUGAAGAAGUACAAGCUCGACAACGUAAACUUCUCCGGCCUGCGCCUCAGCUCCUCGGCCUGUGUCGCCUUCCCCACCUGCGGUCUUGCCAUGGCCGAGUCGGAGCGCUACCUGCCCCAGCUCAUCACAAAGCUGGAAGGCUGCCUCGAGGAGAACGGCCUGCGCCAGGACUCGAUCGUAAUGCGUAUGACAGGUUGCCCCAAUGGAUGCGCCCGUCCAUGGCUCGCCGAGGUCGCCUUCGUCGGAAAGGCGUACGGCGCGUACAACAUGUACCUUGGCGGUGGCUACCAUGGGCAACGCCUGAACAAGCUGUUCCGCCAGAGUAUCAAGGAGGACGAGAUCCUGGCCAUCAUGAAACCGCUGCUCAAGCGGUACGCGGUCGAGAGAGAGGAGGGCGAGAGGUUUGGCGACUUCUGCAUCCGUGUGGGCGUCAUCAAGGCUACCAAGGAGGGACGGGACUUCCACGAGGGGGUUGCCGAGGAGGAGUCCGAUGAGGAAUAAAUUGCAUUGAGUAGACGGAUCAACACGUCAAGAAGCGGGAGGAGCAAGCAUCGGAGAGACCGUCGAAGACAUUAGAAGUGGAAGGGGGCGGCAAAAGGAAAGUACAAUUUGUAAGAUGUAUGUUUUAUAUCCGCUUUAGCUUCAGCAUCCGGGGGUAGGCGUUGCGAUGUUUUGGUUUUCGUUCGUCAUAUAUCAAAUCCAAUUUAAAAGUUAUACAAUCUUGUUAGCUCGAAUGGAUGUGAUGAUAUUCAUGUCAUAGCUGGUCUCGUGAGGUUCGGCUUCUCUGCGGAGCCCUUU